AUGGAAGCGGCUUCCAACAUGCACACGUGUUUCUACAGGAGUGGUUUCGACAUUUCCGUGCCUCUUCCUUCCAACAAGGCGUUCAACAAUCUGGCCGACGUUGCCGCUUGGGAUCGGAACUUCUUCCUUACAACAAAGGGUACAUUAUACCUUAGCGGGCACGGUUCGGGGGAAAGGAUGAGUCUUGUGCCCCUCCAGGACGAGGCCAACGGAGUGAUCAUGUCAUUGCACUGCUUCGAAAUCCACGACGAGCACCUACUCCCGGAAAACGUCGAGUACUGCCGAGCGCUGAGCGACCGGUACGGCGACCAUAGCUACGAGAGCCUAAUGAACUCCACCUUCGGGUUGGUUCCAGCUGGCCGGUCUCCCGGCACGUACCGUCUCGGAGAGGUAAUGAGCGCCGGGUCAAUUCCCGUGUUCGUAGGCUGGGACCUGGUUCUCCCAUUCAAGGAGCUAAUUGAUUGGUCAUCGUUCUCUUUCGCGUUUGCACCGGAUCAAGUGGGGCCGCAAAUGGUGAGGACCCUGCGGGCGGUUCCCCGAGCGGAGCUGGAGCAAAUGCAGCGUAAGUCGCUCAAGGCUCAUGGGAAAAUCUUCGGGGUGGACCAGGACAUCUUCGUUCCAAGCGCUAGAAUCAUGCUUGAAAUUCUUCAAAGGCGGCUAGGACACCGGAUGGCGCGAUGA